UAAAAAAUUAAGCCUUGAAGGUUUUUUGAAAAGUUGGAUUAAACAAAAAUAAUUGAUUGAGAAGUACUAUAAUUUCAAAUCAUUUCUCAGACUAAAAGUAGUUGAAGUUAUGCAGAUGUCUUAAUUGAAGUCUUGACAGUUGAUGUUGUUGGCAGAUGUGUGCUUCCAAUUCGCAGUUGUUUAAUAUUUAGGUUUUGUUUCUGUACUUGUGUCAAGAUUUUAUGUGAUCAAAUUUUCAGUUUUAUAUCAAAUUCAAUUUCCUUCCCAGUAAAUGGUUCCUAAAUUAUUUGAUGUUUAAGCUCUCUUUGCCGGGAGUUCAUUUAUAUCAUAUACGUAUAUCAUUCAACAUUCACACUUUGCCUCUUGCAGCAUAAUUUACAUAUUUUCUAUUACUUUUCUCAAUAAUUAAUUUCCUUCAGCUUUGAGUCAUUGCAAAACUUCUCUGUAUUUUUCUUUCUUAUAAAGCAAGUUUCAACAAAUAUUAAGGGUAGUUUUAAUUCAGUCCUGGUCUUAUGUUUGGGAUUUCAGAAAAAGCUGAUUCAAUUUCUCUUCAGCCUGCAUGUGGAUGUUUUGGUUUAAUACAGCGGACAGUUUUUAAUUGCAAUGCUCCAGCGGUUUCCUUUGUUCAAACCGGCUUUUGUUCGCUGUAUGAAUUUUGUUGACAGUAUUUGUUGUUUUAUCUUCACAAGUGAUGUGAUCUACAAGGUGUGUAAUUGGUAGCAAUAAAUUCACCAUGGAUAUCUUUGCUUUACAAGUUCCUUGUAAUUCCUUGAUAUGUAAUUAUGCUGUGCUGAAGUACUCCAGCCAUUUUAUUUUCCACUCUCAUUAUAAUUCAACAUUUUGACACUUCUGUUUGUAUUCAAAGUCUUUUCUAUGCAGAUUUGCAUAAAUUUCAUGACCCCUUGUUCAAGGUGUUAUGAAAUAAUAUAUUUCUGUUGUAAAAAAAAGAAGUAAUCUCUUUAAAAGAGGUUGAUUAAUAUCAAGCUCUAGACCUAAUCCUUAGCUGCUGGUUUUAAAUACCACACACAUGGAAAUUAUUUUUGUUUUAAAGAAAAUCAAAUUUACAUUUUUUCUGUUUGGUUUUGGCACACACAUUUUCUGUGUUUUUGCUUCAGAUAUAUAGCCCCUCAGUGCUAAAACACUCCUUUGACAAGGUGCCUAUUGUAAACACUUUUAGUAAUCUGUAAGGGGAACCAAAAUUAAAUUUACAUACUUCUCAGACUUUACAGGUGCCAGAUUUUCUAGUUUCAAUGUUUAUUUUCUUUCUGCCUGAUUGGAACCAAUGAAACCUUAUUCUAGGACAGGUUCCGGCAGGUGAAAAGAUGUUAUUGGCUGGUUACACGAUGAAAAACUUCUAAGCAAUUAAGAAGCAACCAACUGAAUACUCUGUGAAGUCUUCUGGCUUGAUUGGUUUAUCAAAGGGAGGAAGAUUAUUCAAAAUGCCUCCCCUGUCUCCAAAGCUGCUGUGAUCUUCUUUAUGAUGUUUAUUCAUGAGGUUUUUGGCAUUUACGGCUUUACAACAGAAGGCUGAAGAGUUUUGUUAUUGUGUUGGGACUUGUCAAGAAUUCUGAUCUUUGAUCACCUAGGUUAUGCAGGUGAAAUUAACAGGGAUUUGGCUGCCAUUGGCGAUUGUCAAGAGCUCAAAAACAGAUAAGUUUUUCAUCCCACUGUAUUUUGCCUCGGGCACAUGAAGUGAAAGGUGGAUUUGAGAAGCUUCCUGUUUGUUCUCUUUGUGAGCAAAUGUACUAUUUCACUUAAAAUGCAUUAUUUAGUAAUAAUUUGAAAGGUGAGAAUGAGAGACCCAACCGAAAGCCAUGUAUGGGGAAAAUAAUUAAGGCUGAUUGAAAUUCAGAUUAGCUCAACAAUGAAUUACAGACGAGAUGGCCAAGAUAUUGUGGGGAAAGAGCAAAAUGGCUUCCAUUAUCAAACCAGGCUUGGAAUCACAAGCCGCAAGAUUGAAAAGAUCUACGAGCAGUGGAGCAAGGAAUUAGCCAAACAUGAUUAUGGAGGUGUGAAAUCAAGGAAGGAUGAAAAAUUCUCGGUUAAAUCAGAAUGGAAAUCCUCAAGGAAAGAAAACAUCUGUGUGAAUAGUAAUGAGCAAGAAAUUAUGAGCAAAAAAACAUUUAGACCUGGUGGAUUCUCAGGUAAAUAUUCUGUUGAAGACAAAAAAUUGCCUCCUUUCCGCACUGGAAAGUAUAUCCCUAAAGAUGAUGUGUAUUCCUGUGGUGUGUUUGUACAGAAUGAUCGGCCAGUUGCUCUGUCUUCAAAAUCUAAGGAAGGCUCAGACAAAGUUGUGUCUGGUUCACCACCUCCAUUUAGAACAGGAAAGUACACACCAAACGACAAUACUAUCUAUGUGAAAAGCCCAGAAAAAUUAUCAACACAAGGCACAUCUCCCUCACAAGGUUCCCCAACACAUAGGACAAGAAGGGCAUCUUUUGACAGAAUUAUGAGCAAAUGUGAUGGAUAUUUUUCUAGUGGAAGAAAAUCACCAGGUUCACCAAGAAAUAGAACUCGAACAAAAUCUCCUUCAAACGAGGGAGGUAAAACUUCAUCACUCGAACAAAUCAGCCAUACCUCGGGAAGUGACAGUCAGACAAAGCUUAGAUCAAGGAGCCAAAUUAGCCAGAGUGCAGAAAUAGUGGGCAAAAAUAUUAAAUCUCGUCCUCGUAGUUCUGCUAUGGAAAAUUAUGUUAAUUCAAGAGCAAGGACCAGAAGUGAAAAUAUGCUUUCUGUGAAAACUGCUCAGCGCCCCAAAAGUUCAAUAUUGGAAAACAGCACUCAUCGUUUUAAAGCAAUUGUACGAGAUAUUGAUGUAGGGUCUGCUGAAAAAAGUAAGCCAGCAACGAGAACUCAAAACAGACCACGAAGUGCUGCUAUGGAGAACCCUCUUUCUAAUCGGCUGCCAAUGAAGAUUGUGACAAAUACAAAAGGCCAAGCAUCUUUAGGCAAGAACCUAGUGGUACUGGAUAGGUCACCGAGUCGAGAAUCUAACAGAUAUUUGAGGAAAGGUUCAGAUUCUUCAGAAAGGGGACACCAGCGUUCAAAGACGACCACUUCAAUCACCAGCAGCUGUAGUGAGAGAACUUACAACGCGGUUAAACCUAGGAAGCCAAGGCGCGUAUUACACAGAAAUGCAGCUUACGUGAAGCCUAGAAAAAACAGAAACUACAAGCCUGUGGAACGGAAACAAGGCUCUAGUCGAAAGAAAUCUGCUCGAGCAUCAAAACAGGAAAAAUUGUCACCAGAAACAGUUGAUGGCUGUAUUCCUGAAAAACCAUCUGCUUCCCAAAGGACAUUUGUGUUUUCUUUAUUUACGGACAAGUUUUGCAUGCGAACUAAAAGAGGGAAUGGUCAAUUUGGCAUCCCUACAAUCAAGAGAUACCGUGUGAUGGUGUGGAAGAUAAAGAGAAUUUCUUACCUUCUUUAUGAAAAGGUAACAUUCCUCAACCCCAUGGUGACGAAAAAGCCGAGACUACAGCGGCAGAAGAAGCUAUUUCACAUUCAAAAAGGCAAGAAUUUCCUCCGUGCAGGUCAAAUGAACACAAAUGUUGCGACAUGGGCAAGAUUACUCAAGCGAGCAGCUCCACCAAAUUGUACAACAAACAACUCCACGCUGAGUCCGAAUUCUGCAUCACCUCAGUAUCCAAGUCAACAAAGAUCUCAAACACAGACACCUCCCAGACAACCUGAGUUUGACAGCACCACGUCUGGCAAGGGCCAGAAAUCAGCAAACAGCAGUGAACAACUGGCAGGCUCUGCUCGAAAGAGAUCAGUUAAUGAAAAUGAAGUCCAGGACGCUCUCUCAGCGUUUGGAUUCCUAGACAGCCCGCAAAGUCCACCAACAAGACCGACCAUCCAACAAUCACCCAAUAAACCAAGCCCUCCUGUUAGAAGAAAACCUCCAUCGCCACCCACUAGCUCAACGAGUCAUAUGAACAUUGACAGUUUUCGGUGCAUCAGUGUGCUGGGCAGAGGCCAUUUUGGAAAAGUUAUUUUAGCAGAAUACAGAAACACGAAUGAACUGUUUGCAAUCAAAGCACUGAAAAAAGGCGAUAUCAUUUCCCGAGAAGAAGUUGAAAGUCUUUUGUCGGAGAAAAGAAUAUUCUUGACAGCGAACAAGAUGAGGCAUCCAUUCCUAGUUAACUUAUUCGCAUGCUUUCAGACUCAUGAACAUGUUUGUUUUGUUAUGGAGUAUGCCCCUGGAGGUGACCUUAUGAUGCACAUUCAUGCUGAUGUUUUUUCAGAACCUAGGACAGUGUUCUACACGUCAUGUGUUGUGUUAGGACUCCAAUAUCUGCAUGAACAUGAAAUAGUUUAUAGGGAUUUGAAGCUCGACAAUUUACUGCUAGAUUCUGAAGGUUAUGUGAAGAUCGCUGACUUUGGUUUGUGUAAAGAAGGAAUGGGUUUUGGGGCAAGAACAGGCACAUUCUGUGGUACACCUGAGUUUUUAGCUCCUGAGGUUCUCACAGAGACGUCGUACACAAGAGCUGUGGACUGGUGGGGGCUUGGUGUUCUUAUAUUUGAGAUGUUAGUAGGAGAGUCUCCGUUUCCUGGAGAUGAUGAAGAGGAGGUUUUUGACUCCAUUGUAAAUGAUGAAGUUCGUUAUCCAAGGUUUCUUUCAACAGAAGCUAUCGCUAUCAUGAGAAGGUUACUAAGACGAAACCCAGAAAGAAGGUUAGGAGCCAGUGAAAAAGAUGCUGAGGAUGUCAGGAAGCAGCCUUUCUUUAGGGACAUGAACUGGGAUGAUCUCCUCGCACGAAAAGUUCGGCCUCCUUUUGUUCCAAGCGUGCGACACGCAGAAGAUGUUAGUAAUUUCGAUGAAGAAUUUACAUCAGAAGAACCAGUCUUGACACCACCGAAAGAGAGUAGGCCGCUAUCACGCGAAGAACAGGCGUUAUUCGCUGAUUUCAACUACACGGCCGACUGGUGCUGAGAGAAUUCAAGAGGAAGCAAUUAUUUUAUACCAGUAGUAUAGCUAGAUACGGAUUUUCAUUUUUACAAUGCCCAGGAGGCGGCGUCUCCGUUGUAAAGCAGUUUUAUGAAAGAAAAAAGAUCCAGUGAUUUUAUUUUUAUCAUAGCGGGCUUGUAAUUCCCCCCUCCCCCCUCUCCCCAAUCUCCAACUUGCAGAGCAGAUAACGUGAGUAAAGUGUAGUUUGAGAUGUAAAUAUAUAAAAUAUACGUUUUCCGCUCUCUUUGCGCGCAAGGCUGGCCGUUUUGUCUAUAAUAUUUUUGAUGAAACAUUUGUCCUUAGUGUAAAGUCGCGUUAUUAUGUUGCAGUGAGUUGCGCUGGUGAAUAAGGGCGCGCGAUCACCGAGAAGUCUUGUUACUUAUCUUUGUACUAUAUCUGUAAGGGUGUUGGCAACUUUGAACGUGUUGUGACUACCACCCAGCAUCCUUCGACUCAAACUUUUUUGCAAAGAAGGAGUUGUUUAAAUAUUUGUAUUAUUUUCUUUGGGGGUAAAGACACUUAAGGAAGGUAAAAGCCAUGACAGUCCACUCCUCAUAUGAAAGUAACAAAAGUGAAACUUUUUUCCCGUCAAUAGCUCGUUUGCAAGUGACGUUCCAUCGCCGCCAUGUUGGAUGACCAUUAACAAAAUAAUUCUAGUUAGCGUUAUUGUUCUUAUGAUCCAACAUGGCGUCAGGGUCUGUCAUUUGAAGCUCUCGGUAAUGGCUGCAAACCACGUCUACCUUUGUUGUUUUUGUGAAGGGCGGAUUGUCUGUUUUUGCCUUCCUUCAGCAAAGCGAAGUGAAAUUAGAAAUGAUCUUGCAAUUGAACUUGUACAUAAUGAAACAAAUUCCCUACCUCCACCUGAAGAUUGUAUAUCAUUUAUUUUACAGUAUCAAUUUGGAAUUAAAACUUGAUGGACUUGAGUUUAA